CGCUAGCGGCAAAGGGGUUUGGCCUCACCUCUCGCGAGAUCGCCUGGUGCUGCUGCGGCCGCCGCUCCGGGGCGCUGACUGGCGGCGUCUGCGCAGCCGCCAUGUUCGGUUGCUAUGCUGUGGCCUGGGAGACGGAGUGUGCUUGAGGGAGGAGGAGGAGACCUGGGAGGAGGAGGAAGAGGGGGAGGAGGCAAGGGAGGCGGGAGACCGAGCGCCUCUCGCAUUCGCACUCAGCAGCGCAGCCCGAGAGUACCCGCUCGCUCACGCCGCGCCGCGCGCUUUUCCGCUCCUCACGGCCCCCCCAUUGUUCUCCCAGGACGCCUGGGUCCCCGGGGUGGAACUCCGGCCUGAGCCGGGGAGGGGAGAAACUUGGCUUUGGCCGAGGGUCGGCGGUUGGGGGCCGGGCCCCUCCCGGGGCUCCCCUCCCCCACGGCACUUUUGGGGGGUGCGGAUUAGGUCAUCCCCGCAGGAAGGUGGGAGCGCGCCCUCCGGUCUCCCGGCGGCGCCGGCCCGCGCGCGGCAGCCCCGCAGGAUGAGGUGGUGCCGGCCGCUCCCGGCCCUGGCGCGGCCGCUGCGGCGGCGGGUGCUGGGGGGGCGCUGAGGGAGCCCCCGGCACGGCGCGCGGACGCGCUUCUCCCCGCCGCCGGCCGCGAGGCUUUUCUUCUCCAGCCGGGAGGACGCGGCUGUGACCCGAAGGAUGAUGCUCAAUCAACUGAGCCACUCCGGCCAGCCCAACUCUUAAGAAUUGUCCACAUUGAGUCUCCAGCAAUUCAUCAGUUACAGUUCAGGCUUUCCUACUACUCAUGCAUUGUCUCCUAUGGCAGUUUCUGCUUGUGUGUCUCUACUCUGACCUUGUGUGGACAGUAAUGACCUCACGUUUCCGUUUGCCUGCUGGCAGAACCUACAAUGUACGAGCAUCAGAGUUGGCCCGAGACAGACAGCAUACAGAGGUGGAUUGCAACAUUUUUCUUCUGGAUAACACUGUACAAGUUUUCAAAGUUAGUAAACAUGAUCAAGGGCAAGUUCUGUUGGAUAUAGUCUUCAAACAUCUUGAUUUGACUGAGCGUGACUAUUUUGGUUUACAGUUGGCUGAUGAUUCCACAGAUAACCCAAGGUGGCUGGAUCCAAACAAACCAAUAAGGAAGCAGUUAAAGAAACUGCUUUUAUUAAUUCUAGGAGGAUCUCCUUACAAUUUGAACUUCAGAGUCAAAUUUUUUGUAAGUGACCCCAACAAGUUACAAGAAGAAUACACAAGGUACCAGUAUUUUUUGCAAAUUAAACAAGACAUUCUUACUGGAAGAUUGCCCUGUCCUUAUAAUACUGCUGCCCUUUUGGCUUCAUUUGCUGUUCAGUCUGAACUUGGAGACUACAACCAGUCAGAAAACUUGCCAGGCUACCUCUCAGAUUAUUCUUUCAUUCCUAAUCAACCUCAAGAGUUUGAAAAAGAAAUUGCAAAAUUACAUCAGCAACAUACAGGCUUAUCUCCUGCAGAAGCAGAAUUUAAUUACCUGAACACAGCACGUACCUUAGAACUCUAUGGAGUUGAAUUCCACUAUGCAAGGGAUCAAAGUAACAAUGAAAUUAUGAUUGGAGUGAUGUCAGGAGGAAUUCUGAUUUAUAAGAACAGGGUACGAAUGAAUACCUUUCCAUGGUUGAAGAUUGUAAAAAUUUCGUUUAAGUGCAAACAGUUUUUUAUUCAACUUAGAAAAGAAUUGCAUGAAUCCAGAGAAACCUUAUUGGGAUUUAAUAUGGUGAACUACAGAGCAUGCAAAAAUUUGUGGAAAGCUUGUGUAGAACAUCACACCUUCUUCCGUUUGGACAGACCCCUUCCACCUCAAAAGAAUUUUUUUGCACAUUAUUUUACAUUAGGUUCAAAAUUCCGGUACUGUGGGAGAACUGAAGUCCAGUCAGUUCAGUAUGGCAAAGAAAAAGCAAAUAAGGACAGGGUAUUUGCAAGGUCCCCAAGUAAACCCUUGGCACGAAAAUUAAUGGAUUGGGAAGUAGUAAGCAGAAAUUCAGUAUCUGAUGACAGGUUGGAAACACAAAGCCUUCCAUCACGAUCUCCGCCUGGGACGCCUAAUCAUCGAAAUUCUGCAUUCACACAAGAGGGACCCCGGAUACGACCAUCUUCAGUUGGUCAUUUGGUAGACCGUGUGGUUCACACUUCCCCAGGCGAAGUAUUUGUGAAUCACAGAUCUCCAUCUUCAACACAAGCUAACAGCAUCAUUCUGGAAUCAUCGCCAUCACAAGAGACCCCUGGGGAUGGGCAGCCUCCAGCUUUACCGCCCAAACAAUCGAAGAAAAACAGCUGGAACCAGAUGUAUUAUUCACAUUCGCAACAAGAUCUGGAAAACCAUAUUAACGAGGCAUUUGAUGUUCCAUCUUCCCCUGAAAAAUCUACUCCUAAUGGUGGUAUUCCUCAUGAUCAUCUUGUUCUAAUCAGAAUGAAACCUGAUGAAAAUGGAAGAUUUGGAUUCAAUGUAAAGGGAGGAUUUGAUCAGAAGAUGCCUGUGAUCGUGUCCCGAGUAGCACCAGGAACACCUGCUGACCUCUGUGUCCCUCGAUUGAAUGAAGGGGACCAAGUUGUACUGAUCAAUGGUCGGGACAUUGCAGAACAUACCCAUGACCAGGUUGUCCUGUUUAUUAAAGCUAGCUGUGAGAGACAUUCUGGGGAACUCGUACUUCUAGUCCGACCUAAUGCUGUCUAUGAUGUAGUGGAAGAAAAGCUAGAAACUGAGCCAGACUUCCAGUACAUUCCUGAAAAAGCCCCACUAGAUAGCGUCCAUCAGGAUGAUCAUUCCCUGCGAGAGUCAAUGAUCCAGCUAGCUGAGGGGCUUAUCACGGGAACAGUCCUGACACAAUUUGAUCAACUAUAUCGGAAAAAACCUGGAAUGACAAUGUCUUGUGCCAAAUUACCUCAGAAUAUUUCCAAAAAUAGAUACAGAGAUAUUUCGCCUUAUGAUGCUACACGGGUCAUUUUAAAGGGUAAUGAAGAUUAUAUCAAUGCAAAUUAUAUAAAUAUGGAAAUUCCUUCUUCUAGCAUUAUAAAUCAGUACAUUGCUUGCCAAGGGCCGUUGCCACACACUUGUACAGAUUUUUGGCAGAUGACUUGGGAACAAGGCUCCUCCAUGGUUGUGAUGUUGACCACACAAGUUGAACGUGGCAGAGUGAAGUGCCACCAGUAUUGGCCAGAGCCCACAGGAAGUUCAUCGUAUGGAUGCUACCAAGUCACCUGCCACUCGGAAGAAGGAAAUACUGCAUAUAUCUUCAGGAAGAUGACACUAUUUAACCAAGAGAAAAAUGAGAGUCGUCAACUUACUCAGAUCCAGUACACAGCCUGGCCUGACCAUGGUGUCCCUGAUGAUUCCAGUGACUUUCUGGAUUUUGUUUGUCAUGUACGAAAUAAGAGGGCCGGCAAGGAAGAACCUGUUGUUGUUCAUUGCAGUGCUGGGAUUGGAAGAACUGGGGUUCUGAUUACUAUGGAAACAGCCAUGUGUCUCAUUGAAUGCAACCAACCAGUUUAUCCACUAGACAUUGUAAGAACAAUGAGAGAUCAACGAGCCAUGAUGAUCCAGACACCUAGUCAAUACAGAUUUGUAUGUGAAGCUAUUUUGAAAGUUUAUGAAGAAGGAUUUGUUAGACCCUUAACGACAUCAUCAAAUAAAUAAGAAAGCAAAAAAUCUGGGAUAUGUGUUAGAAAACUGCUUUCCAAUUAUAUUCACUGUGCCAUAAUACUGCUUGCAGGAAAUGGCAUCUAAACAAAAAAUGAAGAACUGAUAAAAACUGAAAACUUCAGCACUGUUGCACUUUAUGUUUAAAAAAAAAGUCAUUCUCAAAACCUAUAAUUCAUGUGUUUAAAGACUAUUUCAUGCUUUGUUUCGAACAAAUAGUGAAUAACUGAGUAUGUUCAGGGUAACUUAUGAAAUUUUGUAGUGGUGCCAUGCAGUCCCCUACCAGAAGAAUUGCCACAAACAAGGCUCAGAAUUCUCAUCAUCUCUGUUACACCUGUACUUUGAAAGCAAAAAGAAGUAAACAUCAGGAGUCAGCUCUGGUGUUUGCAGUGAUUCAUGUACUUACUAUAUUACUUGAUUACCAGAUUUUAUUUUUUAAAUUUUAGCAAUAUCAUUUUCAAUAUUAGCCAAUACACUGCCUAUGGAUGCAGCACAUCUUUCCCUACACUCCCCCUGUAGAGACUGCUGUUCAUAAGAAGAAAGGUGGAAUUGCUUUUCCCAGGAAAUGCUGCACAUUGUCCAUUUACCAGCAUCUUACAGAAAGUAUAAAUAUGAAUCUACAGAUUUUCUUGAAUUUAAUAAUGUAACAUAUUUACCUUAAGGUUGGCUUAUUCCAAAUCAUGUGAUUUCAUGUACUUGAUAUAAAGGAAUGCAUGUAUUAUGUCUUAACCCCGUAAGUGCCUUGAGACAUCUGUGUAUGUCUAAUGAAUAGGCACUCAUUUGACCCACUAGGAGGUAUGUAUGUAUACUGUACACUUACAUUUUUAUGCAUUUUUCAUCAGUUCACAUUUGCAAAUAACUUCCUGUAUUGAGACUUAUGCAGUCAAAGAAGGGUAAGGAAAUUCUGUUUCUUACUCAGACCCUGUAUUUUGUCACAGGAAGCAAAGGUAAUUAGUGUUCUUCUGAGUGAGAGCUCUGCUGCUAUGGAAUUGUUUAAAUCUGCACAUUCCUUUCCUGAAAGACAGGGUUACAGUUUAGCAGCUCAAGUUAAAAGAUGCUUUAUUCUUCAAAUUUAUAUUUAUUUUAUCCCUUGCUUUACAAAUGUCAUCUAAUAUGCACAUUAAAGUUAAACAUACUGAUACUCUAAGCUAGA